GAGAACGACACUGACUUGUGGUCCAGACACUGGUACCGCCCACGUCUCGGCAUCUGCUUCCCGUCCGUGAAUCCUCCGCUGGGCUCCGGGGACCGCGCCCGGGCAGGCCCAGCUUCUCCCCCGCCCGUCGCUUCCCUGCAGACAAACUGGUCAAGUCUUCAGGGAAGUACGUUCAGACGCGCCGCACACCUGCGAAGGGGACCCGCACCCGCCGUCCCCGACCGCCGCCUCACAGCGGGCCGGGCCGGGCGGCUCCCCCUCCCGCCCGCCGCACGCGUCAGCCCAGCAAAAGCAGCCCCAGCGGCAGCCCGGCCGGCGCGUGUCCCCCGCGCGGCCGCAGGAUCCUCCCCCCAAAACACACGCCGCACGCCCUGCUCCACGCGUCCGGUCCUCCCUCCGGCAAACCCCGGGGACGCGGGAAGGUUGGGUCCGCGCGCCGCCGAGCUCCCGGGAACAGGGACGGGGACGGCCUCGCUUCUCCCUCGUCUCGGGACGCGUCCUCCGAGGAUGACGCACGUGCGAAGCGGAGCGCGCGCGACCACGUCACCGGGUGUCAGAAACGGGGCCCGCCGCGCGCCCGACACCGAAGUCGGGGGACGGGCCGCCUCGCCCCCGCCGUCACCACCCCCCGACCGUGCGACCCUAACGCCGCGGAGGCCGGUAACCCGACCGUCCCUCUGGAAACUAGCUGGUUAGUACUCUGACGUCACGCCGACCGCGCAAGCACGAGCGCUGUCCGCCUGCGUGAGUUCAACCGCCCUAAACCCAGCCGGGGCGCCGCGCCCAGCCGCUAACCACGCGGAAGUACCCGCCGGUCCGCCAGGAUCCCGGCGUGCAGCGCGGCGGUCCCGACGUACCCUGCGACGAUCCCGGCGUGCAGCGCGGCGGUCCCGACGUACCCCGCGACGAUCCCGGCGUGCAGUGCGGCGCGCAGACCCCGGGGCUGGCUGAGCGACGCGGACGGCGGCAGCGGAGGCGGCUCGGCAGGAGGCUGUGCGUCCGCAAGCAACGACGCGGGAUCGGCAUGGAAGUGAAGGAUGCCAAUUCUGCACUGCUCAGUAACUACGAGGUGUUCCAGUUACUGACUGAUCUGAAAGAGCAACGGAAGGAAAGUGGAAAGAACAAACACAGUUCUGGGCAACAGAACUUGAAUACUAUCACCUAUGAAACGUUAAAAUAUAUAUCAAAAACACCAUGCAGGCACCAGAGUCCUGAAAUUGUUAGAGAAUUUCUCACAGCAAUGAAAAGCCACAAGUUGACCAAGACCGGCUCCGGCCGUUCAGAGCCCAGCAGGACAGCAACCGGUCGAGCUGAAAAGCUUCAGCUGUUGAAUCACAGGCCCAUGACUGCUGUUGAGAUCCAGCUGAUGGUGGAGGAGAGCGAAGAGCGGCUCACGGAGGAGCAGAUCGAGGCGCUUCUCCACACCGUGACCAGCAUUCUGCCCGCGGGGCCGGAGGCCGAGCAGAAGAGGAACCCGGACAACGUGACGGGGGAUGACGAGGACGCCGCGUAGAGGGGCACGGCCGGCCUGGCCGCCUCAAGACCCUGAGAAGUCAGCAGCCGGUUCCCGGCCUCCCAGAGAAUUGCUCAGGGUUUCACCUUCCGUCCCAGCAGGCCUGGUUUCACGGUGGCUGGAGAAACCACAGAAACAGGCUUAGAAGAGGUCCUCGUGCCUCCGGGAGACGCAGCGUGGUGAAGACAGACGGAGGCUGUCAGGGCAGAGAGCUGAAGGGAGGCGGACAAAGUCAGGACGAUGACCGUGCAACCCCCCGUGGUAAAAAUGUUUCUUCUGUGGCCUUUGCCAUAGUCGCGGCCAGGCCCCAUACGCAGCAGCAGGACUGCUUGUGUCGCCUGUGAUGGGCCGUGUCCUAGUCGCGUCAUCUGCUCUCGGCGCUUCCCGAGCAGGGGCGCUGGGUGCCGUUGUGGGGGGCCGAGCGGGGAGAAUCCGGGCAGAUGACCAGACACUCCCGGAGCCACACGUCGUUGCUGUAGGUUGGAAUGAGCCGCCGGACUUGGCUCACCAGAGAGGAAGCUCUUCCUCGAGAACAGCAAGGAUAAGAGAAGAGAGGCCUGGCAGGGCUGUUGUUCACGAGCUCACUACGUAGUCUGCAACGUUAGGGCGUCCGCCCGUCCCAGUGGACGAGCCGCACAGCAGGCCGCGGACGGCGGUGACAGAAGUCCAGCGCCGGCUGCCUUUAGGACCGCGAGCGCCUCCUGCCCGCCCCGAGGCCAGGCGGGCUGCGCUUGCACAGGGGCGGGUUGUUGGGUCAGUAGAAGGGGCACAGGUAGGGACGGGAUCUGAAGGGCUGGAGCCUGGUAAUGCGAAUCGGAGCUUGUUGGCGGCGGCAGCGGCCUCAGCGCUCCAGUUCCGGGUCCUGGGAGGAGCACCACGUGAGGAGCUUGCGGAUACCGAGGUUUGGAGGGCUCAGGAGCCCCGGACGGCUGGCUGCCUUAGGUCCUGGGAAUAUUGCUGAACAGUAAUUGCCCACAUUUGCUCUACCCCCCAUUUGGGGAAGAAAAUGCCCACAGACAUUAAUUUUUCAAAUUAGUGCUCCCUUUAUUGUGAGAUUACAUAUGUUUUGGUGCUAUUAAUUGGAUUACUUCCCACGCCCUUGUAAUUACAAGAUUAUUUCAACCAUCCCCAACCCUGCCAGUCACAGUGAUGUGGUUGUUAAGCUUAUCACUGAGGUCAGCUGAGACCUGUUUACAGGCACAAAACUGGAGUUCGAAGGGCAUUUGUUUUUAAACUUCUCUUCGUAUUGGGAGUUUUACCAGGAACUGUUGAUUUAUUUGUCAAGACAUUGAACCCGUGUCACUGUUUCAUUUUAACCUUGAGUGUAUUCAGUGCAUUUUCUUAAUGGAUUAAUCUAGUUAAUAAUAAAUUGUUUCCAAGUGACUGCCAACUUUUGGUAUUUUUAUAAAUAUUUGAAGAGUUUGUUUUGCCAUGAAUUGAAAUAAAAUCUGACUUAAAAGGUAAAA